AUGCAGCAGCGAAGUAAGGAAGUGGAAAGAGAAGACAGCCAGUCCUGCAGUGUUGACGUGCGAAUCAGUCAAUCGUCUUCGGUCACAGCAUCGCAAUGCCUUCACCUUCGCCUCUUUCUUUCGAAGCUCUAUCAAAGUAACAGUCAAGAAGGAGACGACAACAACACCGACUGGAAGCUCACAGCUGGUUCGUUUUGGUUUUCCCAGAUCGAGGAUGGCGUGGCGCCUGAGGCCGGUUCAGGCCGAUUUACGCCUAUCGCGGCGCAGCUGGUUGCCAUGGCAAUCACCCCGGACCAUGAGAUGCUUCCACUGCAGCGAACACAAGAUCAAUGUGUUAUUGACUUAUCAUUCAAUGAUAUUUACUUGGAUUGUGAUGUUUUACAUAUAUUUACACGCCAGAAUGAGUGCACUGGCAUGCAAGUAGGCCCGUCGCCUUGA